AUGAAAAAAAAUAAUAAAUAUAAGAAUGUUAGAGAAAAUGAUAUACUAAAGUUAAAUGAUAAUAUAUAUUUGGAAAAAUUACAAUACAAUAUAAUAUCACCUUAUUUUAUAUUAAAUGAUAAUGGUUUAAGAAAGAAUAGAAACAGUAGUAAUAUAUAUUUCAUCCUAAAGAAAAAAAGGCCAAUAAAAAGUAUAAAAAUCCCAAAGAAUAUUAAAAAAAAAGAAAAUGAUUUAAAUGAAAAAUAUGAGAAUAAUGGUAGUUCCACUUCAGAUGAUAGUACUAAAAAUAAUUUGGCUUAUUUUAAUUAUUCCUUAAAAUGUGAAUAUAGACAUGGAAAUGACACAAUUAAAGAUUUAAAUUGCAACAAUAAUAAUCAUAAAAUAAAAAAUGAGAGAAGUAAAAGAAAUAAAAACCUAUUUAAAUUAUUAAAUAGGAAAUUUGAACAUAAGAAAAGAAAUACCAAUGUUUUAUGUGAUAGUAAAUAUAAUAAAAAAAUAAAUGUUGAUAAUAAUAAUAAGAGGAAUUUAAGAAAAUCAAUUUUUGUAAAAUUAUUAAGAAACUCUUCAAAAAAAAUUUUAAAUUCAGCAGAAAAAGUAAAAAUAUUAAAAAAUAUUUUCUUCAAAAUUAAAAGAAAAAAUGAUAAUUUAAAUGAAAAUCAAAAAUUCGUGGGAACUAAUACAAAAAUUGUAUGUUCUAUGAAUAAUGACAAUACCUGUUCAAAAAAAUGUGAACAGAAAAAAAAUGAAAAAAAUGAAAAAAAUAAAAUAAUAAACAAGGGUAAGUUAAUUAGUUCAAGUUUAUUCCUAGAUGAACAAAUAAAUACACACAAUGAAUAUAAAAAGAGAAAUAUACUUAAUCAAAAAAAUUUUAAAAAUAAUAAAAAAAAAAAUUAUGAAAGGAAUAUAAAAAGUUUUAAUAUAAAUGAGGGAAAAAAAGAAUUAAACUCAAAUACUUCAAAUAAUAAUAAAAUAGAUGAUUUUAAAAUAAAGCAGAUAAAAAGUAAAUUUCCAAAUAAAAAUAUUAAUUCACUUAAUAAUAAAGUUUUAAAACAUAGGAAGGAAUAUUAUUAUGCAUUAGAUGAAGGAAAGAAUUACGUUAGAAUGAAUGAUUUUAUUUUUUUAAAUAGUAUUAAAGGUAGAUCUUGGAGACCAAAAAGAAUUAAAAAAUUUAAUAAAAAAAAAAAAAAUAAUUACAUUAUAUCCAAUAUAGAAGAAUUAAAAAAUAAUAAAGCAUAUUCAAAUGACAAUAUAAAAGAAUAUUACUCAUUAAGUUCAAUUAUGGAUAGCGAUUGGAGUAAUCAAAUAAAUUCAUCAGAAGAAAUAAGAAUGGAGAGUAAAAAUAAAGAAAGACAUUUUUAUAGUACCAAGGAUAAUAAAGAAGACAAAGAUAUGAAUUAUAAUUAUAUAAAUCAAAUUUUUUUAAAAGUUAAUAAAAUAAAUAAAACAGUUAUGGAAAAUGAACAAGUCUUAACAAAAGAGAAAAAUAAAGAUGAUGUAGAAAAAAUAUUUAAAAGAAGUAAAAAAAUUUAUCAGAAAAUUGUGACUAAUGAAAGAAAAAAUAAAGAUAAUAAAGGAAAAAAAAAAAAUAAUGAAGAAAUGAAUAAUAAUAUUGAAAAAUAUGAAAAUAAGGAUAAAAAGGAAGGUAGCGAAAAAGGAAACAGUAACAACAAAGAAAAUGAAAAGAACAAUAAAGAAAAAAAAAAAAAUGGUAAAGAAAAUAAUGAAAAUGACGAUAAAAAAAAUAAAGAUAAUGAAAAAGAAAAUAAGAAUAAUAAAAAGGAGAAUAGGGAUAAUGAAAAAGAAAAUGAGAAUAAUAAAAAGAAGAAUGGAGAUAAUGAAAAAGAAAAUGAGAAUAAUAAAAAGAAGAAUGGAGAUAAUGAAAAAGAAAAUGAGAAUAAUAAAAAGAAGAAUGGAAAUAAUGAAAAAGAAAAUGGGAAUAAUAAAAAGGAUAAUGGAAAUAAUGAAAAAGAAAAUGUGAAUGAUGAGAAAGAAGAUGAGGAUAAUGAAAAAGAAAAUGGGAAUGAUGAAAAAGAAAAUAAAGAUAAUGAAGAAGAAAAUGAGGAUAAUAAAGAAAAAACAAAAAUUAAUCAAAAUAAAAUUAAAAAUAAAAAAAAGGAUAUAACAUUCCUUAAAGGUGAUAAUGAUUCAACGGACAAAAAAGAUUGUUCACUUAAUUCUAAUUUUGUUUUGGAAGAAAAAAAUGAUAAAAUAGACAAGAAAAAAGAAUAUAUAUUAAAGUAUAGAUAUGAUAAAUAUAAAAAGAAAGAUGAAAAACAAAUUAAUAUGAACAAAAAUUAUUCAGAAUUUAUAAAAAAAAAAAUUUUCUCUAAUUUUGAUAAUAAAAAUAAUGAGAAAAAAAGUAUUAAAGAAAAAUUUUUUUUUAAUGAAAAAAAUAAAUCGAAGAUUGGAAAUUUUAUUAGUACAACUGAAAUAUUUAAUCUAUAUAAAAAAGAGAACGAUAAUUUAAAUAAUAAAAAAUCAUUAAAAAAUAAAAGUAUGCAUAUAAAUAAAAGAGAAAGUUUAGAAAAAAACAUAUCUUUACAUAACUUAGAGAGUUUAAAUGAUUCUUUCAAAAAAAUAAAAAAUAAUAAAAAGGUUAAUGAAUAUUAUAAAGAUAAUAGUAAUUUAAAUUUAAACAAAAAUUUUAUCAAAAAUGUGAAUUUAGGAGAAUGUGCCAAUUUAUCAGAAAUGAAAAUUAUAAAAGAGGAAAAAAAAGAAAGUACAGAGAAAAAGGAAUUUAAGAAAAAAAAAAAAGGUUUUUUCAUAGAUAAUAAAAGAACAAAAAUUAAUGAAAGAAUCAUAAGUGAAAAAGAAAUUUUGAUAAUAAAUAAUAAUCAAAAUGAAAAAUGUAAUGGAAAUACUCUAAAUCAAAUUAAUGAGAAUAUAAAAGAAGAAAAUUUAACAAAAAUGACAUACAUUAUAGAAAAUAAUAAAAAUAAUUUUAUUAAUAUAAAAAAAUUAGGUGAUAUAGAUGACUUAAGAGAUAUAGACAACUUAAGUGAUAUAAAUAAUAUAAAUGAUGAAAAUAGUUUAUUACAUAAAAAGAGUAUGAAUGUUGUUUUGAAUUUGAACAACUGUGAUAAUAUAAAAGAUGAAUAUAAAGAUUCUAAUAAUUCUUCAUGUGCUAAAAAUAAAGUAAAUAUUGAGGAUUUAAUAACAAGUGUUCCUAAAGAAAAUUACUAUAAUAGUUAUUAUAAAAAAAAAAGAAAAAAAAUUGAAAAAAAAAUAGAUAUAAUAAGAAUAAAAAAGAAAAAACUUCAUUCUUAUUUUAAAAAAUUUAGGUCUUUUAUUUUUUUUGCAAAUAAAAAAAAUUCAAAUAGUUUUUCUCAUAAUAAUGAAAAUGAAUUGGAUGCGAAAAUUAAAAGAAAAAAAUUUUAUUUAAGGAAGAAGAAAAAAAUAAAAAAAUUGAAAAAAUUAAGUUUAUUAAAUAUAUAUGAUACAAAAGUAUUAAGUAAUAAAAAAGGAAAUGAAAGCCCUUUAAAUAUAAAUUAUGAAAAUUAUGAUUCAAAUAAAUUUUUACUGGGGCAACAAAAAGAAAAAGAUAAAGGUAAAAAGACAAUAGUGCUUGAUUUAGAUGAGACACUUGUUCACAGUACAAUAAAAAGAGAUAAAGAAAAUUCUUUUAAAGUUGAUAUUAAUUUAGAGGACGGUCAUUAUUUUAUUUAUGUUAAGAAAAGACCAGGUGUUGACGAUUUUUUUAAAGAAAUAUCGAAAUAUUAUGAAGUAGUAAUUUUUACUGCUAGUUUAUCAAAAUAUGCAAACGCAGUAAUUGAUAAAUUAGAUGUAGAUAAUGUUUGUGCUUAUAGAUUAUUUAGGGAAUCCUGUUCUUGCUGGAAAAAUAAUUAUGUAAAAGAUAUUAAAAAAUUAGGAAGAGAUUUAAACAAUGUUAUUGUCAUUGACAAUUCUACAUAUGUUCAAAAAUUCUGUGAAGAUAACUGUAUCUUAAUUGAAAGUUGGUUUGAUGAUGCUACUGAUAAAGAAUUAUAUAAAUUAAUACCAUUUUUAAAAAAAUUAUCAAAAAAAACUUCAGUUAUAUGCGAAUUGAGAAAAUACAAUAAGAAUAAAAAAAAAAAGAAAAUAAAGUUCUUGAGAUAA